GGCAAAAAUUCAGUGCAAUUCGCAGCCAUUUUUGAAGCCCAGCUCGCUUGCUCUGCCUCCAAGUUCAUAGAUUCGUCCUACAGGAGUUCCUUCCAUUCCAUUUCCAUUCAAGAGUAUUACUAUGGCGGAGGAACGGUGCCUCGACUCGCGGCGGCACUUGCUCGUCUGGUGGUUUUUGUUAGCUGUUGGAUUUGCGGCGGAUGUUGCGCGAGCGCAGAAUGGGACUACGAAUGCCACAACCCAUCCUGUUGAUGCAAGUGCUAUCAACACCAUGUUUGCACGAUGGGGGCUUGUGGCCUCUGAUCAAUGGAACAUUAGCGGAGAAGUAUGUAGCGGUAUUGCCGUUACUCCAGGUCCAGCUCCAGAUAUUGGAAUUAAAUGUAAUUGUGACAUCGAUAAUGGUACUACUUGCCGUAUCAGAUCUCUGAAAGUUUUCCAAGCAGAUCUUUCUGGUCCGAUUCCGGACGAACUUUGGAAUUUAACUUAUCUAACGGACCUAAAUAUGGGUCGAAAUUAUUUUACGGGUCCGCUCUCUGCAUCAGUUGGACGUCUUACUCGCAUGAUGUACCUGAGCUUUGGAGUGAAUUCUUUAUCAGGGGAAAUUCCAAAAGAACUUGGAAGAUUGACUGAUUUGAGAUCAUUGGGGCUUAGCAUAAACAACUUCUCUGGAUCUUUACCACCUGAGCUAGGCAACCUGACAAAGUUGACACAGCUAUACGUUGACGCUGCUGGAGUCAGUGGUCCAAUCCCGGAAACAUUUGCUCGUCUACAGAGCUUGGAGAGAGUGUGGGCUUUUGACAGUGCAUUCACCGGGCAGAUACCUGAUUUCAUUGGAAAUUGGUCAAAACUUGUUACACUGAGGCUUCAAGGAAAUUCAUUCCAGGGUCCAAUACCACAAUCAUUUUCCAAUCUAGUCUCUUUAACUGACUUGAGAAUAAGUGAACUAUCUAAUGGGAGCACGUCACUAAACUUCCUCAGAAAUAUGACUUCUCUAUUUACCUUAGUUCUAAGAAACAAUAAUAUUUCUGGUCCUAUACCUUCAUAUUUGAGUGCAUUGCAGCGUUUGUCAUUCCUGGAUUUGAGCUUCAACAAUUUCACAGGAACAGUUCCAGAUUCACUUUUCACUCUCAAUUCUCUCACUCACUUGUUCCUUGGCAAUAACAAGCUAACUGGGGUACUACCAUCCCAAAAGACUGCUAGUCUCCAAUAUAUAGAUUUAUCAUACAACGAGUUAUCGGGAGCCUUUCCCUCUUGGGUCAGAGAGCAGAACUUACAACUUAACUUGGUUGCCAACAACUUCAGCUUUGACAAUUCUAAUGGCAGUGCUCUGCCUUCUGGAUUGAAUUGUCUUCAAAGAAAUUUUCCUUGUCAUAGAGGCUCACCUAUUUAUUCCAACUUUGCAAUUAAAUGUGCCGGGGAACAGUUUAGGGCUGAAGAUCUCUUAUAUGAAUCAGAAAACGAGACUCUUGGCCCAGCGGCUUAUUACAUGACUGGCACUGGCAGAUGGGCUGUUAGCAAUGCCGGUGCUGAUAGCGAGAAUCCAAAAUAUACCACCUCCACCUUAACACCAUUCACAAAUACUUUGCAUCCAGAGCUGUUCCGAAGUUCUCGAUUAUCAGGUGGAUCAUUAAGGUAUUAUGGCUUAGGACUCCAAAAUGGUAACUACACUGUGACGCUCCAGUUUGCAGAGUCCGAAAUUUCAGAAAGUGGGAGCUGGAAGAGCCUUGGGCGGCGUGUGUUUAACAUAUAUGUCCAGGGUAAAUUGGAGGAGAAAGAUUUUGACAUAAGAAGAGAGGCUGGCGGAGCAUCUACGAGAGCUGUUGUGAAGCAAUUCAGAGCUGAGGUGUUGGAGAACCAUAUUGAAAUCCAUUUCUUCUGGGCUGGUAAAGGAACUGAAUAUAUUCCUACUGCAGGUACAUACGGUCCUUCGAUCUCAGCAAUAAGUGCCGUGCCUGCAGAUUUUAUUCCCACUGUUUCGAACAAUCCUCCCGGAGGGAAGAAGAAUCGUGUAGCCAUGAUUAUACAGAUUGUUGUUGGUGUCGUAGCUGCAAGUAUGCUUUGUGUAAUUGCAGUCUGCUGUAUUCUCUGGAGAAGAAAGAAACAGAAAAAUCUUGAGGAUGAUGAAUUAUUGGGUAUCGAUGCUCGCCCCACCAUAUUCAGUUAUGCGGAACUUAAGGCUGCAACAAAUGACUUUGAUCCUUCUAAUAAGCUCGGAGAGGGUGGAUUUGGACCUGUCUACAAGGGAACACUGGAGGAUGGACGACAAGUUGCUGUUAAACAGUUGUCUAUGUCAUCUCAUCAAGGGAAGAGCCAGUUUGUCGCUGAAAUAGCUACUAUUUCUGCUGUGCAGCACCGUAACCUUGUUAAGCUGUACGGCUGCUGCAUCGAGGGAGAUAAACGGCUGCUUGUUUACGAGUACCUCAAGAACAAGAGUCUCGACAAGCUAUUGUUUGGAACUGGGAGUAGAGAUUUGAAUCUCGACUGGGCUGUGCGUUACAACAUAUGCGUGGGAGUGGCGAGGGGCCUCGCCUAUCUCCACGAGGAAUCUCGACUUCGAAUUGUUCACAGAGAUGUGAAGGCCAGCAACAUUUUGCUCGAUUCCGACCUCAGUCCUAAGAUAUCAGAUUUCGGAUUGGCCAAAUUAUACGAGGCUGAAAAGUCGCAUAUAAGCACCCGAGUCGCCGGCACGAUCGGAUAUCUUGCUCCCGAAUACGCCAUGUUCGGACAUCUCACGGAAAAGGUCGACACAUUUAGCUUUGGCGUCAUGGCCCUUGAGAUCAUCAGCGGAAGGCUGAGUUCUGACCCGAGUUUGGAGGACGAGACCAUGUAUCUCCUCGAAUGGGCGUGGAGCCUCCACGAAAGGAACGAGGAAAUCGUUCUAGUCGACUCCUCACUAGACGAGUACAAUCCCGACGAAGUCGUGAGAUUAAUAGGCGUAGCUCUGUUAUGCACGCAAGCAUCCCCGCUGUUGCGGCCAGCCAUGUCCCGUGUUGUGGCCAUGCUGGCCGGAGACAUGGAUGUGGCUCCCGUGACCACACGGCCGGGGUACCUUGUCGACUGGAGGUUCAACGACGUCACUGCCGUCAUGUCGGCGCCGUCCAAGGUUAGUUCUACAUCUGUUCAUGUUGAAUUAUCUAGUUCAGUUAGUAAUAGUAAUUCUACCUCAACUGCAUCACAACUUCAGUUCCCUAAUGAUCAUACCAUCCCAAUGCUCAUUGACUCAUGAGAUCAUUGAGUGGUGAGGGGAUUUUUUUUUUUUUGUUUCGAAAAAAAAUGAAAUUAUAGAGUUAUUAUAUUUAUGUAUGUAUAUUUUGUGAAUAUAUAUGUAUGGAUGUUUAA